AUGGCAAGUGUUGUGAAAUUUUUAGCAGUCAAUGAGCUUCCACUACGUGGAGAUCAGGAAACAUUUGACAAUGAGGAGGACUGCAUAGCUGUGGGGCUUUUUGCCAAGCUGUUUAAAUACACGUUGGAAAAAGAUAAAUACCUUGCUGACAUUACGUCAAAGGAUGAAGGCCCAGAUCCCCCUGAACAGCUUACGUCCAUCAGACUCUCAGACUCCAGGAUCGCACUGAAGUCAGGCUAUGGGAAGUAUAUGGGUAUAAACUCAGACAGGGUUGUGAUUGGCCGAUCAGAUGCCAUCGGCUCCAGAGAACAGUGGGAGCCAGUGUUUCAGGAUGGUAAAAUGGCUCUGCUUGCUGCAAACAGUUGUUUUAUCUCAUACAGUGAGAGCGGAGAAGUGGCCAAAAUCAAAACAGCUGGAGAGGAGGAGAUGAUCAAGAUCCGUUCAUGUGCAGAAAAAGAGGAGAAGAGAAAGAAUGAUAUUGCUGAUGAAGACAGGGGUGAUGUCAAGAAUUGUGAGAUCAACUAUGUGAAGAAGUUCCAGAUUUUUCAGGAUCGGAGGCUGAAAGUGAAUGAGGAAGACGGCAGCAUGCUGAAAAAAGUGAGAACAGAUGGAAAGUUCCAUGAGGUGUUGCUAAACAGGAGAGCCAAGAUGAAAGCCGACAGGUACUGCAAGUGA